AUGACUCAUGGUGAGAUAGGAUACGAUACAUGUAUAUACAUAGAUCAAUUAAAAUCCCCUGACAAGAAAGUCUGCUCAGAGAUCUGCCUUGAGAUGAUGGAACAUACAAAAAUGCAGGAAAACGACACUUUGCACGUUCAGAUGACGUCAAACAAGAACAAAUCGUAUCACGUGCACCAGCCGAUGUCUCAAUCACGUGCUCCGAUAAUAACACGUCACGUGCAAGAUCCAUCGAUCCAAUUUCAAGUAACUUCGUUUAAUCAUUUAUUCUACAUUAAACCCCCAGAGCGCUUUCAGGACACUCCAGCAGGACAAAGCUAUAAAUUCUCCUCGGUCAAAACAGAAGAUUACCCAUUGAGUGAGAAAAAUGACAAAGUAGUUGUCAUUCUACAAAACAUUUUGCGUAAUUUAGAGAAUGAUAUUGAACAUGAUCGGCUGCGCCUCAAGGAGGAGCGGCGAAAACGACAAAGAGAACGCCGUCGGCGUCGGGAAGAAAGACGAGAGACAGAAAUGGCAUCACAGCGCGUCGGGACAUCACGUCAUAUUUUCUCUACCGUCACUCCUAAACCAUUUGCAUUUCGGGAAAGGAAUUCGGAAGGAGCAGACGAUAACUCGGUAUGUUUUUCCCGCCAAGACAAAGCAAAAAUCCGGAAACACGACAGUUUUAGUUUUGCCGAUUUAAAACAGAAUAAUAACUGUAAAGAAAACUUAGGAACUUUCCUCGAGAUUGGGUCACAAAGUCUGGACAGGAAACUUCCGAAACGAACGGAAAGUUACGGAGUUUCGGAUUGGUCUCGUCAUUCACGAGAUGUUGAUGACGUCAGUGAUUCUGUUGUUGCUGCCGGUGCUACUGAAAAUAGUGCGACAGAAGGAAAAGUAACUGAUUUAGGUAAUAGCAAUCGGACUGUUGAAACAAGCAGUGACAUUCAUUGGUCUAAAAGACAAGUAGAAUAUCACAGAAUUAGUCCAAGAAACUGUCCACCGAAAACGCAAACUGACAGCAAAUUCACUAAUUAUUUAGAUAGUAGUUCAGACUCACAGGGAACGCCAACAAACAUCAGGAAAAAGCUAAAGUCUUUCGACCUGCUGCCAAAUUAUAAACGAACCGGCAAAGACGUAAGUAAAAGUAAAGACCUUGGAGGCAGACGUUUAGAUACGAAGAAAACUAUUGGUGGUCCAGAACCUGGAAGAGUAAUAAGGUCUGCAGAAGACUUUUCCAAAGUUAACAGACGUGAAAAUGAAAGUUCAAGCGAGGACGAUGAUAUGGACAUUGUUUUUCCGACAUUACAAAAUUUACACUCCUUUGAAUCCAAUAAUGAAAACAGAAAUGUUGACUUCUAUAUUGGUAAAAAUACUGACGAUGAAAAUGAUACUAGCACGUGUCAUAUAUCAGACGACAAACUUGAUGAAGCGAUUGGCUCUCGGGAAGCAGCAGUUAGUGGUCCUGUUGCAAAGUUUCGUAAUAAAAAUAAGGCAAUAGGUUCUGGUACCAUUGCUGCUAGGAGGAAUGAGACUGAAAGACCAACAUCAGCAGGAACCAGUGGCUACUCCACAGACGAAUACAGUUGUAAGGCGACUGAUUCAGAAGAGGAAUCGCUGCACGUCAGGGAAGAAAAUGUUUCUGCCACCAGUUCUAGAAAGAAUUUGAGCAAAUAUUUUCUCGUUCUACAAAACGGCAUCAAUAUGGCGCUCAAGGUAGAUCACUCUGCAUUCCAAAAUGGCGAUUAUGCCGACGAGAGUAGUCGUUCCUUUUUGCAAAACAUUUCAAUGUCGGAUCUUGCCAUCCCAGAUCAUGUCGGCUGGCUUAUUGACCAGUCAGAACAAAACAAGGUUUGGGGCGUGGUUGUUGACAUGUUAUUUUGUGUAUUUGAGUGCGAAGGCUCGGCAAAACCCCGGGAAGUUAUACUUCUCCCGGGGUGCAACAUUCGUCCGUUGGUAUAUAACACUGCAAUAAAUGGUUUAAACACUAACACGUCCUCCCAAACUAUUACGGGUAUAUCUAAAUACCAAUUUGUUAUUGACGAUUCUAGUACAGGGCGAAAACACGUGUUUGGUACAGAAUCUCAAAAUGACCUUGACACAUGGUUUAGAGUUCUGAAAAAAGCUUCCGCACUUGAUCCGGAAAUAACUAAUGACAUUUCUACCUCAAAUGGUGAUGAAGAUGUUAAAUCAAAGUACAGACGAUUUUCUUUUGACGGGGUUUUGCCCAAGAUGGGUUAUACUCCAUCUCAGGAUUCUACGAGACGUUCUCAGCGCAUGCGCAGCCCACGUGAUCCUCACGAGAAACUUGAAACGAAUGGAUUUUCGGACGAUACGUCCAUUGCGUUGAGUUCAUACGGGGUUGAGGCAUCGACAAACGGAAAUCAACCAAGUCCUCGCUCUGGAUUAGUUCGGAACGAUUCAAGAAGACAGUCAAUAUCAGAUUUUAAGAAACGGUUACGUCAGGAAACAAAACCGGAAGUUUCAAAACAGCUUCCGGUUAAAGCAACGCAUUUCAAACAGCAGACUCAGGAAAAUAACACGCAAGCACCGCAAAACGGUAAAAAGUUGAAAUCAUUCGGAAGUUUUGAAAGUCUUUUGAAGUUCAAACGGAAAAAGCGAAAACAAUCAGAAGAUUCUCUUUCAAAUGACGAUGUUGGAAGUAUUGUAAGUGAGUCAUCUACGGAUCAAGAAAUGAUGAGUAGGUCAGUCGACAUCAGCGCGAACGUUUCCAAACUGCAAAAAACAAAGAAGUUAUCAAGAUCAUUAGAAUAUAAUGAACCUAAAAAUGGAGUUAACAAUGGUCUUGUUCGUCGAGCAUCUGAUAUAAAAGACCGGAUGUUUAACAGAAGACCCUCCAAACCUUUUGCAAAGCUUGGAGACUUGCAUGAUACCAGCAUGCAUGGUUUUCUUCUGCAUAAACACCAUUUAAAGUGGCAAAAGCUCUGGUGUGUCGUCUGCAGAGGUUGUUUCUAUGGCUUCAAAUCAAAUUCACCAGACGAGAAUGCCCACGUCUCGGUGUUGUUAUCCAGCUGUGGUGUGGUGUUUGUUUCAAAGCAGGACAAGAAACAAAAACAUUUGUACGUAUUCAAAAUUACUCAGGAAAAGUCGAAAAGCAUUUAUCUUUGUUCUACGGAUUACAAUGACCUUAUGAAAUGGCUUACCGUAUUACAAAUGGAAUCAAACAGUGUUAUCUCAAACGCGGACAAAAUCAGUAAAUCUUCAGAAAGUGAGAAUGAUAGCAUUUGUUCAUCAUUGUCUAGUCAGAGUGGUUCCGUGUUAACGGUGUCAUCAGGCGAACAACCGUCUGCUGCAGAAAACUCGAGGUCAAGGGCGAAAAAGAAGAAAAAACCGCCCGCUAAACCUCCCCGAAAAUUUCGAAAUUCGUCAUGCCCGCCUUCCGUUGCUAGGGAGUCUGGGACAUCAACAGGGGAGGAUACUCUGACAUCCGGAAGUAUCAGUUCUGGGAAUGAAAACACUACCUAUGGCUCAACAGACUUACUCGUUUUUGCAGAAGAGCUGCCUCGCUACGAUCGUGCUGUAACGCACGUUUGGCAAAAUGACCGAGGAUAUCUAUUUAAUGCUAUACGAGCCAAGUUGACAGCCUACAGGAAAAAAGAUGGCAACAUAUACAACAAAGAUUUGCCUGGAGUCAGUAGCGAGGGACUGAUAGUUGAACAAGACGGGGCCAGUGCAUCUGGCUGUAGAGAAGUGCGGAGGUCAAGGUCUUUUAACGCUAAUUCCAGCACAAUGUCAGGUGGCGAACAGAGUGGUGCGACGUCACCGACAGAUUCUCCGACGUGUAUGAGAAAACGUCACAAACCACUCGUUGUUAAGAAAAUUCCUGCUACAGAUUUAGAGGAAAGGCAAACUAUUGCUGGAUACAUUGAGAAGAAGAGCGUCAGUGCUCAGUGGAUAAGAUAUUGGUAUGUUCUACAUGAGGGUACUUUGUUUUGUUACCUGACGUCAGACGACAACGUCACUGUUGACGUAUUAAAUCUCCAUGGUUACAGUAUAACAAGUCUUGUCGACAAAUUCAGAGGAAAACGAUUUGUACUGCAGCUUUCACAUGACAAUUUUACCUCCCUGUAUUUGUCUAUGGAGUCACGUGACGAGAUGGAACAUUGGUUGGAAAAUCUCGAACACGCUAUUAAACAACCGUCUAGUGCUAUGAAGGAAGUCGAUUCGGCUCAAGGAGCAUGCGCAGGAUGCGAGAGUAACAGACAAGAUGACGUCGGAGAAAAGCGGAAGCAAGUGAAACAGAAACUUCUUGAAGAAGUGUUACGUCAGAAAUAUGAACUAGAGAGAAAACAAGCAGAGAGGCAAAAGAAACAACGAGGCAGCAAAGGUAUGGAUUCUCCAGAUCGUUCACCAAGUUCACCAUAUCCUCCAGAUUUCCUGUCAGACGAACAGAGAACAUGUGACGUCACAAGGUUACGACAGCGGAGAAUGUCUACACAGUUAAAGGUUGAAACAAUUCAGAAACAAAUUGAAAAGCCAGGUGGUACAAAACGUGGAAUUUUUGGAUUUGGAAAAUCAAAAAAGCUCGACGAGAACAGAAAUGUGUUUUUACAAGACCAGUUGAAAGAACUUACUCAUAAGUUACAAAAGAUAGACACGGAUCUUAAUCAGGUAGAAAGUGAAAAAUUGUUCUCUGAUAGUUACGAUGUCAACCAAAAUAGAAAGUCAGCGCCGGUGCACCACACCUCUAAUUCACACAAUUUAGAACGAGGGGUUGACAGUGAAGAUGAGGACGCUAAGAGAGGAACGGGUAUAAAAAACACCAUGCAGAAAUGGACUAAUAAAACAUUUUCAAAAGUGUCUGUGAAAAGGAAGCAGGGAAUUCCGUUAAAUGGUAGUUUGCCAAAUUUGAAACAAAACGGUGAAAUAAACAUGAAUGGAGAGUUAGAAAAUGGCGUGAAUAGUGACAUACAUCGUGAAGAGUUUACGUCAUUGGAGAGUAGUGUGACUGACCUUACACGUCCUUUGGCAGAUUUAAAAUUGGAUUUAAGUUUACCACUUACGCAAAACGGUCAAAGCGGGUCACCAUCGCCAUCUUCGGUAGGGUAUAAUAGAAGUCACAGCCGAUCAAGUACAUUGUCAUCGUUGUCGUCACCUCGACGGGAGAUUGAUCCUUCAGUAUUAGCAGAAAUAGACGCAUUUGAAGAACUGACAAAACAAGUGCUUGGUGCAAGGUCAAAAGAAAUGCCGACAAAGUGAAGGAAGUGUCGAGGAAAAUCUAUUGACUUUUUACAAUGCAGCUAUUCAUCAGACUUCUUAUUGUUCCGGUUGACUGAUCAUCUUAUAAUCAUGUUUAAAGUUCAUGUGAAGACAAUAUAAAUGAUUGAUAUACCAAUGGCUUGUGAGACUAAUUUAAAAUUCAGGAAAAGAAAAACACGAUCUUAUUUUGUAAUUAUGGUAUCACUGUUAAAGAUUACCAGUCCUGUAAAAAAGAGUUAUUCGAAAUAGUUGAACAUUAAAAUCCACAGUAAAAAUUCAAAAUUCAUUUAUACCGGAAGUUCCUGAAAUUGUAUGACUGGAAAUCCGUCUGCUUCCUGAAUAUGUAUGUUUCUAUUCUUUUAUGCUUUAACUUACAUGAAAAUCGUUAUAUGUAUAUUAUGAAUAAUAAGCGAAUGACCUCUUCUAUUAAUAAUGGUUUGAACUUUUGCAAAUACUAUCCGACUAAGACACUAUCGAUUUACUGUUACUAGUAAUACAUCAUUUUAUACCAAAUAUAUAUUGUUGCACCCGUGACUUUGUCGUGAAGAAUGAAAUCUUAUUAAGCAUUAUAAUUAAAACGACGCAGCAUAAAAUGGUAUUUGUCCAAUCUGCCAGCCAAGAUGUGUGAACUAUUGGGCCCAAUAGACUUGUAAUAGCAGCAGGGACGUUGUAAAACAAUAUUUGUACUUAACAUGAAAAACAAAGUUGUCGCCCUUGUUUGUUAUUAAAGCGUCAAACAAUAUAAUCGUCUGACUUCCAUGCCAGCAUUGAUCAUUGUCCUUCAUUCUGAUGAAGUCUCAAUCUUUAUUAACAUGUAAAAUGAUGUAUACACAUUACGUUACUGUCGUGUAAUGUAGCAUUUCCUAUUUGUUAUAAACAAGAUGUGCAAUUGUUAUCGAUUAUGUAUCUAUGCAUAUUAAAUAAACUGUUAUAAAGUGAAACAA